ACCUACCAGUCCGGCGCACUCCUCAACCAGGACGCCUGCCUGGUAUGAAGCCGCCGCAGCCACUUGCCACCAAUCCAUCUUCAAUGAUGUACUGCUGCAUCGACAGACCGGCGGUGUGCAUCUCGCUUGUGAUCCUCGCCGGCCCGGGCGCGAAGGCCGCGGCGCUCGUCGGCGGCACUAGCACUGCUAGCGUCGACGCGGUGCGGCAGCUGAUGCCGACAUCAUCGUCGUCCAUGAGGCUGGAGGACGGCGUGGCGCCGGAGCUCGCGGUGGUGUCCACGGUGGUGGACCUCGGGGUGCACCGGCGCGUCCUAGCCGGCAUCGAUCCGGGGCCACUGAACGGCAACAAGCAAGCCUGCAGGCCCAAGUGCGCGCAGCCCGGAUAGCCCAACACCGGCCGGAACUGCCUCAAGAUUUACCGCUGCCCAGGAGGAAACUGAGCGGGACAGCAGCAUGGACGUCGA